UCAAGCUUUGUGCAAAUUUGUUAUUCAAUCUCUCAAGCUUCGAUGAACCUUCAAGCUUCAGGUUCAACAUUCAAGCUUCGCUUAACCUUCAUUCUCCAUUCAACUUUAGGUUAUAUAAUUUGGGAAUUAGGUUGCUUCUUUAAAAUACACUCAGCUUCUCCAUCAAGUUUGUCAGGUUGCAAACUACCUAAAAGAUAUUGGUGUGAAAAAGGGAGAUGUUGUGAUUAUUUAUUUGUCGAUGCUAAUGGAACUUCCUAUCACAAUGCUUUCUUGUGCUCGCAUUGGUGCUGUUCAUUCGGUACUACCAUCAAUGAUUUAAGACAUAGUCGAUACUGCCAUCAAUGAUUCAACU